AUAUACAAAAAGAAAACACCGAAAGAGAGAUUAUGGCGGAGGGGCAAUCCCCGGAGAAUUCACCGCCGUCCCCUACACCACCAUCUCCGUCAUCAUCCGACAACCAGCAACAAUCUUCUCCUCCGCCCACGCCUCCUGAUUCAUCAUCCUCCCCUUCACCACCAGCUCCUCCUUCCCCGGAGGAUUCCUCUUCUUCGCCUCCACCGCCUUCUUCAGGCUCACAAUCUCCACCAUCUCCUCAAGGAAACAACAAUAACAAUGAUGGUAACAAUGGCAAUAACAACAACAACAAUGGUAAUAGCAACAAUGACAACAACAACAACAACAAUGGGAGUAACAAAGACAACAACAACAAUGGUAAUAACAACAAUGGCAAUAACAACAAUGGGAAUAACAACAACAACAAUGGGAAUAACAAUGACAACAACAGCAAAAACAAUGGCGGAGGAAGCAACAAUCGUUCACCCCCUCCUCCUUCGAGAAGCUCCGACCGUAACUCUUCUUCCCCACCGAAAGCGCUAGCUCCACCUAAAUCAAGCGGUGGCUCCAACUCACGAAACAAUGAACCGAACACGAGUGCUAUCGUAGGGAUUGUGGCUGGUGCUGGACUGUUGUUUCUUGUUAUGAUAUUGUUCUGCGUCUGUUGUUGUCGUAAGAAGAAAAAGAAGCAUCAAAUGCCGUAUUAUACAGGUAACGGUUUCGCCUCCGGCAAAGGUGAUCAAUACCAACAGCAGCAAUACAAUAACCAGAGCGAUCACGUAAUGAAUCUGUCUCAUCAGUAUCCUGGAUCAAACGGGAAUAAUAGCUGGAUGAAUUCACCGCCUCCCCCACCACCUGGAAGCUGGCAACCGUCGCCGCCACCACCACCACCGCUCGUCUCAGGCGGUAUGAACAACGGAAACAGCAGCGACAUGAGCUCAAACUACUCAGGUCCACAUGGUCCGUCUCUACCACCACCUCACCCUUCAGUGGCUUUAGGUUUCAACAAGAGCACAUUCACCUACGAUGAGCUAGCUGCUGCAACUCAAGGUUUCUCUCAAGCAAGAUUGUUAGGUCAAGGUGGGUUCGGCUAUGUUCACAAGGGAAUACUUCCCAAUGGGAAAGAGAUUGCCGUGAAGAGUCUGAAAGCGGGAAGCGGACAAGGAGAGCGCGAGUUUCAGGCUGAGGUUGAUAUCAUUAGUCGAGUUCAUCAUCGGUUUCUUGUGUCUCUUGUUGGGUAUUGUAUUGCAGGAGGACAGAGAAUGUUGGUAUAUGAGUUCUUACCUAAUGACACACUUGAGUUCCAUCUCUACGGUAAAAGUGGCAAUGUUCUUGAUUGGCCUACAAGGCUCAGGAUUGCUUUGGGAUCAGCUAAAGGACUUGCUUACUUACAUGAAGACUGUCAUCCAAAAAUCAUUCAUAGAGACAUUAAAGCUUCAAACAUUCUUCUUGACGAAUCCUUUGAAGCCAAGGUUGCAGACUUCGGGUUAGCAAAGCUAUCUCAAGACAAUGUAACACAUGUCUCCACUCGUAUCAUGGGAACUUUCGGGUACUUGGCUCCAGAGUAUGCCUCCAGCGGUAAACUGACAGACAGAUCAGACGUUUUCUCUUUUGGAGUGAUGCUUCUUGAGCUCGUUACCGGACGCCGACCUGUUGAUCUCACUGGUGAAAUGGAAGACAGUUUGGUCGACUGGGCAAGACCCUUGUGCUUAAACGCAGCACAAGACGGAGAUUACAGUGAACUAGUUGAUCCACGGCUCGAGAACCAAUACGAGCCUCAUGAGAUGGCACGAAUGGUGGCUUGUGCCGCUGCAGCCGUCAGGCACUCAGCUAGACGCAGGCCUAAGAUGAGCCAGAUUGUUCGGACUCUAGAGGGAGAUGCAUCGCUGGACGAUCUAAACGAAGGAGGGAAACAAGGGCAGAGCUCAUUCCUCGGGAGGGGAUCGAGCUCGGACUAUGACUCAAGCACUUACAGUGCGGAUAUGAGGAAGUUCAGGAAAGUGGCUUUGGAUAGCCAUGAGUACGGUGCAAGCAGCGAGUACGGGAACACGAGUGAGUACGGGCUUGACCCGUCUUCCUCGAGCAGCGAGGAGAUUCGUAGAGGAGGAGCUAACAACAACAAAACCACUCCUAACCGAGAGCUUUGAUUUUAGCUGUUAGUUUCAAACUAUCUUCCUUGCUGUGUUUUUGUGUUCUGUUUCCCUGUGAAAUUUUUUAUAACUCUUUUUAUCUUCUUUUUUUUGUCAUCGUUGAUAUGUGUUUGUGUCUCUGAAAAAAAAAUUAUUCAAAACUUUUGGUUGUGA